AUUCAACGAUUAAGAAAUAGUGUAAACAGCUUCGGAUAUUUCCUGAAGUUUUUUUCAACUCCCGAGUAUUACACUUAAAAACAAAUAUGUAAUAUUUAUGUUUAUGAGUGGCUAUAUUGCCAGGUUUGUGUCUCUGGCGUCGGUGUGAUCGCACAUCCUUUCGCGGCCCGUUGUGUUUGCACGCACGCUAGUCGGCUAACUAGUUAGCUGUUAGCUAGCCGUCGCUAGGCUUGUUUUGGUUUUGUGUAAAAGUCGACAUUUCCUCAGGAAAGACACAUGAGUGUGUCUCUGGUUGUCAUCCGUCUGGAAAUAGCUGACCAGUCUCCAUCCCCGCAAGGCUUCCAGUACUCUGCUGUGGAGGGCAUGUCAGAGGAGCAGCUGCAGGACAAAUGUUUGGGUCUGGCCAGGCUGGCUCUAAGUGGAAAGACGGAGCUGGAGAGAAGUGCAGUGUUGCACCAACACAUGGGAAGCAGAGCCAUGGGCGACAUGGUCAUUGAGACCUUUGAGCCCAGUCCGGACAAAGGUGGGGGUGAAAACCCGGGAGGUUCUACGGAGCACAAAAGGAGCGAUGCGGACACUGAGGGCAGCGCCGCAAUGGCCCCCGAUUCUCCCUCCAAACAGCUGCCAGAGCAGAUAUCCUUCUUCAGCGGGAACCCCUCUGUGGAGGUGGUCCACGGAAUCAUGCACCUCUACAAAACCAACAAAAUGACGUCGCUGACGGAGGACGUUCGCCGCAGCGCCAUGGUGUGCAUCCUGACCGUGCCGGCCACCAUGACCAGCCACGACCUCAUGAAGCUCAUGGCGCCCUUCAACGACGUCAUGGAGCACAUGAAGAUCAUUCGAGACUCCACCCCCAACCAGUACAUGGUGCUCAUCAAGUUCAGCACGCAGGCGGACGCCGACAGCUUCUACACGACGUGCAAUGGCCGCCAGUUCAACUCCAUCGAAGAGGCCGUGUGUCAGCUGGUGUACGUGGAGCGAGCUGAGGUCAUCAAGUCGGAGGAGGGCGCCAGUUUGCCAGUGAUGGAGCUGACGGAGCUUCCCAAGUGCACUGUGUGUCUGGAGAGAAUGGACGAGUCGGUGAACGGCGUCCUGACCACGCUGUGCAACCACAGCUUCCACAGCCAGUGUCUGCAGCGCUGGGAGGACGCCUCGUGCCCCGUGUGUCGCUACUGUCAGACUCCAGAGCCCGUGGAGGAGAACAAGUGCUUUGAGUGCGGCGUGCAGGAGAACCUUUGGAUCUGUCUGAUCUGCGGCCACAUCGGCUGUGGGCGCUACGUGAGCCGCCAUGCGUACAAACACUUUGAGGAGACACAGCACACCUACGCAAUGCAACUCACCAACCACCGCGUGUGGGACUACGCCGGAGACAACUACGUGCACCGGCUGGUGGCGAGCAAGACGGACGGCAAGAUGGUGCAGUACGAGUGCGAGGGCGACACCUGCCAGGCCGAGAAGAUCGACGCCCUCCAGCUGGAAUACUCGUACCUGCUGACCAGCCAGCUGGAGUCGCAGCGCAUCUACUGGGAGAACAAGAUUGUCCACCUGGAGAAGGAGACGGCCGAGGAGAUAAGCAACAUGAAGGCCAAGUUUAAGGAGACCUUGGAGCGCUGUGACAACCUGGAACGCCGACUUGGAGACAUCAGCAAAGACAAGCAGGGCGUGGAGAAAAAGUGCACACAGCUGAACAGUCGGGUGCUGAAGCUCGGCCAGGAGCUGAAGGAGGAGCAGGAAAUGAACCGCUGCCUGAGAGCAAAUCAGGUACAGCUUCAGACCCAACUCGCCGACGAGGAGCGCAAAGCCAAAGAAAAUGGAGAGCACAAAGACGAGACCAUCAGCGAGCUGCAGGAGCAGUUGCGCGACGUCAUGUUCUACCUGGAGACGCAGCAGCACAUCCAGCACCUUCCGCCUGACGCCCGCAGUGAAAUCCAGGAAGGUCACAUCAACAUCGCCGCCGCCGACCCCCCGGACGACACGGGCUCUGACGCCGCCACGUACGGCGCCGCCGCCUCCAUCAGGGGCAGGAGGGGGCGGGGCAGGAAGAGGAAGUAGGUGGCCUCUUGUUUCACUGUUGAACGUAAAGACUUGACAAGAACAGAAACGUGUCACUGAAGGCACAGCCGGUACGUACACGAUGUAACUCACGUCUGUUGCUGUAAAUAAAUUAUUUGUCACAGCUCA